CACAGUGGCAUGAACUCAAGGCCUACUUUUCAGUAAUUGCUGAGAAGGAAAGAAAUUACCAUGCACGCCUUAUUCAUCAAAUGAUUAGUGAUAAGAGGAACUAUACUUGUAUCUUACAUUUGCAUUACCACACAUUCAGAAAUUUGAGUCUGUUAAUGCAUCCUUCCAAGCGACUGAUGCUGAGCCUUUCAAAGUAUUUUCUGAAUUGAAACAGUUGCACAGCUCCACAUUGAAAAGAGUGUAUGAAGAUGAUGGCAAGAAUGUUGCAUAUCCCUUUAGCCAAGUGAAAUAUGGGGAUAAGUUUCUACUUGAAAUUUCGCGAUCAAAGUUACCUGAAGAAGAAAACUCACAGUUGAAACAAAGAUGCUUUGACUUCCUCAUUGAGGCAGAAAGUCAGUUAGAAAAGAGACUGUGUCGAGACACGGACGUUGUUGAAAAUUUAAGGUAUUUUCAACCAAAGAUGUGCCUAAAUCAAAUGCGCAAGACAUUUCCAAGUGUUGCUGGAGCAUUCACUCACCUUAUUCACUCUACAAGCAAUGUCAUAUAUAUGCAACUGGAGCAACAGUAUGACAAGCUUUUCUUGAUUGACUGGAAGAAAGAGUUUUCUAAUGAAGAAAUACCACGUGAAGCAGUAAACUUCUGGACAGUUGUUCAAAAAUUAUGACAAUGCUGCUGGUGAGAAAUGUUUUGCUGAGCUUGCACAGAUCGUUCUGAAUGCACAUGCACUUCCACUGAGUAACGCCUUUGUUAAGAGAAUUUUCUCUCAUGUAACAAACAUUAAAACAAAAGUGAGGAACAGGCUCUCCUUAGAAACUAUGGAAGCUGUUUUGAGAAUCAGCAGUCGUUUUAUAUUGAAGGAAUAUGCUGUAACAAGUUCGAAGUAACAGACAAGAUGUUAAGCAUGUUCAACAGUUUCAUUUACAAGAGCAGCACUGAGCAUCCCGAAGAACCAUCCACCUCAGCUGCAGCAACUUCCAGGGAUCUGGCUGAACAAGACACCCAGGACUUCUAGGAAACCGACAUCCAAGUCUCCUCCAUAUGGGCCAUCAUUUGUGGCCUCAUGUGGACUGGGACAUCAGCUGGCAAGUUGGCAACCCUGGGCAGCUGACCUUUGGGCUGUGGUGGCUGCACGUCACGGACGUCAGUCACGUCACCGUCAACCGCUGGUCACCACUCAUCCCUCACCAGCAGCAGGGUAGUGUUAUGGUCCAGGGGAUCAUCGCAGCCCACAAGAGGAAGAACUCUAUAGGUGGACCGCCCACAGCUUAUUUGACACAACGCAGGGUUGUGGUGGAGUGGUGCCCCGCCAAGGUUUGCCGGAGUGUGCUUAGCUGUGCCAUUUCAACGUCAACACACAUUACUGGAGCUAGCCAGGGACUGUGCUGUGGUGUGGGAUCACCGCGACCUUCAAUGAAAGCCCAGGCCAGAGGCCAGGCACCAACCACUCCUGCCGGCUACCCCGAGGGUUCCUGCAGGACCAGCCGUGGCGUGUGCUGCCGAUAGCAUUGCUGCAGUGGACGGGUGAGGUCAGCCAACAGCAUGAGUGAGCAGCAGCAGCAGCAGUCUGCCUCAGGUGUGGGGAGGCACAGGUGCGGUGGCAACAACCAUCUGGAAGCAGGCAGCUCUGUCCACAGAGGAGAGGGCAACUUUGGGUGUCAGCAGUGUGCUAAAACUUUUAGAAGCAAACACGAGCUGAAACGACACACCUUGACACACAGGGGUGCUAGGAAUUAUGAAUGUGCAGAAUGUGGAAAGAAAUUUCCUACUAAGUCUCAUCUCUCCUCACACAUCCUGAUACACAGUGGUGUUAAGAAUUAUGAGUGUUUAGAAUGUGGAAAAAAGUUCACCCAAAAGUGUAACCUCAUCACACACACCCUGAUACACAGUGGUGUUAAGAAUUAUGAGUGUUUAGAAUGUGGAAAGAAAUUCACGUAUAAGUCUAUCCUCACCAAGCACACCCGCAAGCACAGUGGUGUUAAGAAUUAUGAAUGUGGAGAGUGUGGAAAGAAAUUCACAUAUAAGUCUAACCUCAACACACACACCCUGACACACAGUGGUGUUAAGAAUUAUGAGUGUGGAGAGUGUGGAAAGAAAUUCACAUAUAAGUCUAGCCUCACCUCACACACCCUGACACACAGUGGUGUUAAGAAUUAUGAGUGUUUAGAAUGUGGAGAGAAAUUCACCCGAAAGUCUAGCCUCACCAGGCACAACCUAACACACAGUGAUGUUCAGAAUUAUGAAUGUGGAGAAUGUGGAAAGAAAUUCAUAUAUAAGUCUAGCCUCACCUCACACACCAUGACACACAGUGGUGUUAAGAGUUAUGAGUGUGAAGAAUGUGGAAAGAAAUUUAUCCUGAAGUCUAACCUCACCGCACACACCCUGACACACAGUGGUGUUAAAAAUUAUGAAUGUUUGGAAUGUGGAAAGAAAUUCACCAGAAAGUCUGAUCUGAUCAAACACACCCUGAUGCACAGUGGUGUUAAGAAUUAUGAAUGUGAAGAAUGUGGCAAAAGAUUUUUCACCAUUUCUCAGCUUGAUAAACAUGCCUUCAGACACAUUGGCUUGUGGGAGUUCAAAUGUGAUGUUUGUGGGAAGUGUUUUAAGACAAAGAGUAAAAUUGCCAGGCAUGUGAUAAUCCACUUUUGAGGUGGUGUGUUGUGUGGACCUGUGGGGUGACAACUGUGCCUGUGGGAGUGUGUGGUGGUGCAUUACCAGUUCCCCAGAGUUCCCUCUCCCUUCCCCCUCUGGCGAGAUGCAGUACCAGUCCCCAGAGUUCCUUAUCUCUACUCCUGGCAAGAUGUAGUACCAGUCCCCAGAGUUCCACUCCUAUUCUUCCUUCCCGAGCUGCAGGCCGGACCUGCCUGACUGAUGCUGCCACUCACACCCUGUCUGAAGGCACUGUGUGUUGUCUCACCCCUAUCUUGCCCAUUGCAUCAUCGCUGGGAGCAGAGGGGAACAAAGAGAAAUGCUUCUCUGGGCUGCUGGGCCCAUGCCCUGGCUGUGAAGUCGUCGGCGUCACAUGCAGCUUCCUUAAUUUUCUUCAUUUAUAUAUUACUGGGACAAAAAUUUUAUUUCUUAAUUGAUAAAACUCAAAGUUGAAGAUUUUUCUAAGUUAUGGACUUCAAGAAACCAUGAACAUAUGCUCCCUGAGUUUAUUUUUGUAAUUUAGAAUUCAGAAGUUGAUAUGAGAUUGUCUCUUGCCACCAAAACAAUAAUGAACCAAUCCUUAGCUUGAGUAGUGUAGAUGUUUUUGGCAUCAUGGAGACCUAACGAUGUCAACAAAUAGACAGUGGCCUCCUUGAGCUUUUAAAGGCAAGUCAUCCAUUUAUGGCAAGACAGCUUAGGGACAUGGUGAUGAAAGCACUGCAGCUCCCUCAGGUUACUUCGAUUUUGGGCAUAAAUUUUUCUUUUCUCACAAAGAAAAUUGAAUUACAUUUUGUAAAGCAUUAACGUUUGUAGAGGUGAGGUUAAAUAUGUGUUAAGGUUGUGCUAUAUUAGUCUCCAAAAAUUAGAUAGCUUUGAUACACUAGGCAAAUAUAUUUUGCCCUAUGAAAUAAUGUUCGUCAUAUAAACUUAAGUAACCACCAUUGAAAUAAGAGGAAAAUACUGGCAGGAAUGAAAAUAAUAGUUGGUACAUUAUAAUGUAAUGUUUUGGAACGACCACUCGGUACCACAAAAGAUGCUGAAUUAAACUAGCCGGUGAACACUGUAAACACUUGCGACUUUUAUUCAAUAAGGACUUUAAUGAGACACCAUACACAUUUGUUCUAUGUACUUUGUAGCUCUUGGAAUCUUCCACUGCAAAUAUUGCAGUUUUGAUAUUUUUGUUUAAUUUAUAAAUCUAAACCUCAGGAAGAUCUUGAGAGUACAGGCAACCCCCGUUUAAUGAAUGUUCACACAAUGAAAUUUUGCUACAAUGAA